GCAGCAGUCUCGGUUCAGGCUUCCGGCUCUGCAAAAGCUCGAGGGGCUGUUUUCGCGGGGGAUGACCCAGUAGGAGCGUCCCGCGGAGAAUCGGCCCGCCGGCGCCAAGCCCGGGAGACUCCGAGGAGUCGCGUCCGUCGCCGCUGCCACCCUAGCCGCCGUCCCAGCCAUGGCUGCCCGCUUGUUCCGCAGCUCCCUGCGCUGGUCGGGCUGCCGGGGUACCCGGCUUUCGCGGCCGGCCGCGAGAUAUAUAUUUUUAAGAUAUUCUCAUUCUGGAGGGGAAGACCGUCUAGAAACUUCUUCUGCUAAAAAAUUAACAGACAUAGGAAUUAGAAGAAUCUUUUCUUCAGAACAUGACAUUUUCCGGGCAAGUGCAAGGAAGUUUUUUCAAGAGGAAGUGAUUCCUUACCAUGCAGAAUGGGAGAAAGCUGGAGAAGUGAGUAGGGAUCUUUGGGAAAAAGCUGGAAAGCAAGGACUGCUCGGUGUCAAUAUUGCAGAACGUCAUGGUGGUGUUGGUGGGGACUUGUAUUCGACAGCUAUUACUUGGGAAGAACAAGCAUAUUCGAAUUGUUCAGGCCCAGGUUUUAGUCUUCAUUCAGAUAUUGUCAUGCCCUAUAUUGUAAACUAUGGCUCAGAAGAACAGAUUAAGCGCUUCAUCCCCCAGAUGACCAGUGGGAAAUGUAUUGGUGCCCUAGCAAUGACAGAGCCUGGAGCUGGAAGUGAUGUGCAAGGAAUAAGAACAAAUGCUAAAAAGGACGGAAGUGACUGGAUUCUCAAUGGAAGCAAGGUAUUCAUCACCAAUGGGUGGCUAAGUGACGUUUUGAUUGUAGUGGCAGUCACAAAUCAUGAGGCUCACUCUCCUGCCCAUGGCAUUAGUCUUUUUCUGGUGGAAAGUGGAAUGAAAGGAUUUAUCAAGGGACAAAAGCUACAAAAAAUGGGACUGAAAACCCAGGAUACUGCAGAAUUAUUCUUUGAAGAUGUCCGGUUGCCAGCUAGUGCCCUACUUGGAGAAGAGAAUAAAGGCUUCUAUUACCUCAUGCAAGAGCUUCCACAGGAAAGGCUACUGAUUGCUGACCUGGCAAUUUCAGCCAGUGAAUUCAUGUUUGAAGAAACCAGGAAUUACGUUAAAGAAAGAAAAGCUUUUGGGAAAACAAUUGCACAUAUGCAGACAGUGCGGCAUAAGCUAGCAGAAUUAAAAACACAAAUUUGUGUAACCAGAGCUUUUGUGGACAGCUGUCUUCAGCUGCAUGAAAAGAAACGUCUGGACUCUGCUACUGCCUCCAUGGCUAAAUAUUGGGCAUCUGAAUUACAAAACCGUGUAGCUUAUGACUGUGUCCAGCUCCAUGGAGGUUGGGGCUACAUGUGGGAGUACCCAAUUGCAAAAGCUUAUGUGGAUGCCCGAGCUCAGCCAAUCUAUGGUGGUACCAACGAAAUAAUGAAGGAGCUGAUUGCAAGAGAUAUCUUCCAUGACAAGUAGACAUCUGCCCACAUCCUGGAAUCCUAUUACAACUAAUCUGGUUUUAAAUCUACUCAAGAUAAAAUGCGACCUGGCAAGGGAGGAAACGCUAAACAUGUUUUUAUAUACUUUCUCUAUAGAAAAAGAAAUCAAAUAUGAGAUUAAUACAGUGGUAGGAGAAACUUUGAAUUCAAAGAUUCUAAAAUUCUUUAGUACAAGGUUUGACUUUUAAUUUUUUACAUAGCUAAAAGGCAAAAAUUUUCUGAUUCUAGAAACUUCGGUGUUUGCUACUCCCUAAAAUUCUAAUAAAAGCAUCAUUGCUUUCAAAUUGAGGCAGCAAUAGUUUUGUUACUAUUAGUAUUUAUAGUAACAAUAAUAGUUACAGCACAUUGACUUUGAAAGGGAAAAAUAAAUAUACAAUGUAAAUGCUUUCUAUCACCCUGUCCUAAGCCUCUGUUUUUAAGCAGUGGAAUCAUUUCUUCAAACAAAAGUUUAUGCAGAGUCUCCGUGAAAUGCUGAUGAAUGAAGAGCUGCUCUAGGGGAAGCAGGAAGCUUCCUGCCUUACUGCCUUGGAACCACUAGGACUCAUACUGAGUCGACCCCACCCAACUGGAGAAUUUGGUCGCUUCUCUCAUCUACUAACACCUGGGCUUUCAGCAGAUUGCAUCCCAGUUUCAUUUGUAGGAGAACACAGAAUAAUUUAUCAUCCUUUAGUUUCAAUAUAUUGGUGUACUUUAUAGGUAUCAAAACAGUGACUUUUAUUUGGGAACAGUGUACUUUUAAAAACUAACAAAUGCUGUAUCUUCUAUAAGCCAAACUUAAAAAAACGAUGGCAGAUGAAACUGGCAAGAUCCCUGCUAAUAAGUGAAUAAACAAGUAAGUUGCAACAAAUAAAGUAAGAAGUAAAUAAAUAAAUAAGAAAAUUUCAAUCAUGAUAAGUGCAAUAAUAACAAAGUAAUCAUUUAAAAUAGUAAAGCGAGGGAGCACCUGACUGGUUGGCUCAGUCUAUAGAGCAUCCAACCGUUGAUUUUGGGGUUGUGAGUUCAAGCCUCACAUUGGGUGUGGAGAUUACUUAAAAAUAAAAUCUUUAAAAUAAAUAAGAUAGGAAAGUGUGGAAACAUUUGACACUUAAAAGGAAUUACUAUCAAAAAACAAGCCAUUAAUUUGUAAUCUGCUAGAAUCAUUUCAGUACUUUUUUUUCUGCAUAUACCUGUGAGACAGUGAAUAAAGACACUUUUAAUAGAAACGAAUAGAAGUAUUCUUGAUAAACUUCGAAAACUUAAACAUUUUAUUUGGUGCUGUUGAUAUUAAACAUUGUUUUUUAACGGAACCGUUACAACUGGGUAGAGCAGAGGGAAGAGAAAAUACUUUGAUACCCUUCUUUCCUAGAAUUCCUCACCUUUGAUUGGCUCUUGAGUAGAAAUUUGUAUGAUUGCCACGUGGAGUUCUUGUUCAUAUGCAUUAAAUACCGUGCAAAACGGGUUAAAAUAAAUUUUUAUUAGAUUACA